CAUCCGCACGCCAACUGUCCCACUCUCGCCGGAGUCUCCACCUGGGCACGAGCCGAGGGGGCUCGUUUCCCAGAUCCCCGCGUUCCACUGCACCUGCCUUGCACGUUACCUCUGGGGAUCUGUGGGAGGAGCCGAGUGGGAGGAAAAUGUUGCUGCGCUUUGCAAAAGGAAGAAAACUUUGCCACCCAGCCGGAGACCUCUGCCACGCGUAACCAGGAGAGAGACCAGCACCGGGACAGCCUGUGGCUUUGAUUUGGCAUCUGAUGAGCCCGUAGGAGGAAGAGGAAACGAGCUCGGCUCACGCCGACCGCCAUCCCUCCCGUGCGGCGGGCGGCGGCCCGAGGUACCUGCUCCACCCUCCCUCCCCGCUCAGGUCCCCACGCGGUGUCUCCGGGGGAAGGACAGCGGUGACGAGCUCGCCGCCCCGGGCGGAGGGCAGGGGCCGGGCUAGGAAGCAGGACCAUAUUCCAGGACCGAGCCACUCGGAAUCAACUUCUGGUUCAAGUUAUGGGAAGCGCGGCCAUGGACACCAAGAAGAAGAAGGACGUUUCCAGCCCGGGCAAGAAAAACCCCAGCCAGAAGAGGCGGUCGCUGCGAGUGCACAUUCCGGACCUGAGCGCCUUCGCCAUGCCACUCCUGGAUGGGGACCUGGAGAGCUCAGAAAAGCUCUCUUCUCGCAAGGCGGACAGCCCCUUCGGCUCGGUCAGCCCCUCCAAGGGCUUCUUCUGCAGGGGCACCCAGCACCGGCCCUCCAGCCCCGUGUCGGCUCCCGUGCGGCCCAAGACCAGCCCUGGCUCCCCCAAAACCGUGUUCCCGUUCUCCUACCAGGAGUCGCCGCCGCGCUCCCCCCGCCGCAUGAGCUUCAGCGGCAUCUUCCGCUCCUCGUCCAAGGACUCCUCCCCCACCUCCAGCUCGUCUACCUCGCCGGGGGGCAUCCGGUUCUUCUCCCGCUCCAGAAAAACCUCCGGCCUCUCGUCCUCGCCCUCGACGCCCACCCAAGUGACCAAGCAGCACUCGUUCCCGCUCGAGUCCUACAAGCAGGAGCCCGAGCGCCUGGAGAACCGCACCUAUGCCUCCUGCUCCCCUCCGGACUCGGGCCAGCGCUUCUGCCCGUCCUCCUUCCAGAGCGCGGCCCGGCCCCCCGCGGCCUCGCCCGCGCACCACGCUCCCUCCAGAACCGCGGCGCUGGCGGCGGCCCCCCGACCCGCGGAAGCCGGCAUGCUGGAGAAAUUCGAGUUGGAAGAAGCAGAAGACUCAGAAAGUGGCGUUUACAUGCGGUUCAUGAGGUCACACAAGUGUUACGACAUCGUUCCCACCAGUUCCAAGCUCGUGGUCUUCGACACCACGUUGCAGGUUAAAAAGGCCUUCUUCGCCUUAGUAGCCAAUGGCGUUCGAGCAGCGCCGCUGUGGGAGAGUAAAAAACAAAGUUUUGUAGGAAUGCUAACGAUUACAGAUUUCAUAAAUAUACUACAUAGAUACUAUAAAUCACCCAUGGUACAGAUUUAUGAAUUAGAGGAACACAAGAUUGAAACGUGGAGGGAGCUCUAUUUACAAGAAACAUUUAAGCCUUUAGUGAAUAUAUCUCCAGAUGCAAGCCUCUUCGACGCCGUAUGCUCGCUGAUCAAAAAUAAAAUCCACAGACUGCCCGUUAUUGACCCCAUCAGUGGGAAUGCACUUUAUAUCCUUACCCACAAAAGAAUCCUCAAGUUCCUCCAGCUCUUUAUGUCCGACAUGCCAAAGCCGGCCUUCAUGAAGCAGAACCUGGACGCGCUGGGCAUCGGCACCUACCACAACAUCGCCUUCAUCCACCCGGACACGCCCAUCAUCAAGGCCCUGAGCGUGUUCGUGGAGCGGCGGGUGUCCGCCCUGCCCGUCGUGGACGAGUCAGGAAAAGUUGUGGAUAUUUAUUCCAAAUUUGAUGUAAUUAACCUUGCUGCUGAAAAAACAUACAACAACCUAGACAUCACGGUGACCCAGGCGCUUCAGCACCGUUCCCAGUAUUUCGAGGGCGUUGUCAAGUGCAAUAAGCUGGAGAUACUGGAGACCAUCGUGGACAGAAUAGUGCGAGCCGAGGUCCAUCGGCUGGUGGUGGUGAACGAAGCCGACAGCAUCGUGGGCAUCAUUUCCCUGUCGGACAUCCUGCAGGCGCUGAUCCUCACCCCGCCAGGUGCCAAACAGAAGGAGCCGGACGCUGAAUGACCGCGGGACGGGAGCGCCCUUACAGGACUUGAGCGAAGGCUCUGGGUCACGCUUUGCCUCACCCACACUGACCGCCACAGGAGAGAGCCAGAGGGCCGAGGACGGGUGUCAGGGCUUAGCGACGGCUGUUCUUUCCAGUGAUGUUGCAACUAAGCGUUUUAAAAAAAAAAAAAAAGAUUGUGUGUGUUUGAAGAGUCAGGCCCGCAUCGUCAAGGCUGUCUGCGGGCCUCUGUCUGAAAGAUUUCAAAUGCCGUACGUCUAAUUAAAGUGCGCUGUGUCCUGAAACGUUUAUCACUUUUCUUUCCGAGAAUCCAUGGUAUGGGGACAGGGAACGUGACAGACAUAAGGCGAGCGUGUGGCAUAUUCAGACCUAGUGCCUUCUGUCAGGACAGCGACACGGCCCCGCUCCUGCCGGGGACCGCGUGUGCGUGUGCGAAACGACACGGCUGGCGUGUGCGAGUCUUUGAACCUUCACCAAACCAGUUUCUUUUUCGUUAGAUUUGUCAAGCACUUGUACCCUGAGCAUAAACGAUGACUUUAUAAGAUUCUGAGGACAGUUUUGCGUUUAAGUGUUCCGGACUGUAGCGUGAGCGAGACUGCUGCACAAGAGCUUUAUUUAUUUUCCCUUUCCUGCGAUUUUUGUACACGUCUUUCGGGGGUGAGCGUCACCGUGCCCGCGGAUAAACCGCCGGGGGUGGGGGGUCAUUUUCCACGGCAAGUGGCUCAUCAUUUAAGUCUGGGCCUGGCCAGGACAGGCGACGGCUCAGACAGCCGCCGGGUCUGCGGCGCCGGAGUUGGAAGGGCGGGCGGGCACGCAAACGCGCCCCGCCGGCCCGGAGGCAGGUGGCGGGUCCGAGGAGACCACCUGCCGGGAGGGAAGAGGCGAGUGUUUCCUUGUGUGUUGAAAUGUUAACCCGUGCUGUCUGGGCGACCGCCAACGCAGUCGCUUCUGUAAAUCUGCUGGUGGCAAAUACAGUAUUGUCACGGGAGUGAGAGAAACACGGCGUGUCCGAGUGUACGUGCUCCGGAAGUGUUCGCACUGUACAUAUGAGUAUAGUUGUUUUGUUUUGGGGUUUGUUUGUUUUUUUUUUUUUUUUCAGAUUGAAAAAUUAAAAUAAAUCUUACU